AUGCAGCAAGGCGAAAAAUGCCCGAGACUCGGUGCCUCGGCGGGCCAGGGCUGCAUCUACACCAGUGCCACGGACGCGAUCUACCAGGCCGAGCGACUGCGCCUCAAGUUCGGUGGCAGCGGCGAUUCGUCGCGCACGGCGCACCCUUGCCGCAAGCCGCAAAUAUUCGACCGCAAUGGCGAGCUCGCCUAUCCGCCGAUCAAGCAAAUGCGGGAAAAGGAGGAAAGGGACGCCCGACUGCGCGAGAUCGAGCUGGCUAGUAUGGCCAGUUAUCCACCGAACGUCAUCACCUUGAGCCAGUUGAAGAGGCGAACGGAACGUUCGGCGAAAGACUCGCCGAAAACGGGAUGCAGCGCGCCGAGUUCGAGGGUCAGCAGAAAGGAAGAGGAGCCGCCGCUGCUCGCCUGGAGGGAGGCCGACGAGCCCAAGAGCGUGGACGAGCAGUUGCUGGAGAUGGAGCGCGAGGAGGAGGAGAGCCGACUGCGAGCGAGCUCGAUCAUCGUCGAGCCCGAGACGGUCGAGAUCGUGGACAAGAUGCGCCGCUGCUGCCAACUGCCGAUCGAGCCCUAUCCGCAUCAUCACCUCGUUGCGGCGGAGAAGCGCCUCUCCGCCAAGAUGCGUCGAAGAUUCGACUACAAAAAACUACUGGCAAAACUCAAGGCCGAGAUCUCGGAGGAUUACGAGGUGAGCCUGCGCAACCUGUCGAUCGAUCGCAUCCUCCUGGACCCGCUGCAAAGGAAGCUGCUGAUGAUCCGAGCCCCGGUGCCCUGGCACCAAAGCCGAGUCCAGGCCGAGCACUCGAUGCAUCACGACCUGUUCAUCGGCAACGAGAUCAACCGAGCCAUCGAGCGCAUCUGGAACGACGAGUAUCGCUACGAGGCGCUACUCCGGCCGGAGGCGAUCGGGCCGCUGCCGAUCCCGGCCUCGGAGAUCGACGAGAGGGUCGCGCGAUCCUGCCGGGCCGCCAGGUCGAGGCUCGUCGACGGCUGGCUGGCCCAAGUGGCCGAGCUCUUCCUGGAGCGCAAGCAGGCCUGGAGCGGCCUCGUCGACGCGACGCCCGGCGCCUCGACUCUCCUGCUGCGGCGCUACUUUCGCAGCGUCGACUCGCUCCUGUCGAGGCAGCUUCGCCACAUGCUCGUCGACUCGAUCGAGCAGUUUGAGCGAUUCUUCGACCGCUACCGCCACGGCAACGACUUUGAGCCACCUUAUCGAGAUCUCAGCUUCAACAGGAUCCCGUUCGUGAGAUUGGACGCCGAUUGGUCGAAGCGCGACGACGACGACGACGGGGGUGGCGGCGUAGCGCUCGAGUGCCGGCCGAGCGUGCGCCAGAUGUACGACAACCUGUCCAAGUGCUUCGACGCCAUGGUGAAGGUGGCCUCCCUGAUCCCGUGCAUCGAGAACGUCCUCUUCCCCGAGAUCAGGGAGAGAAGGUACCUGUUCGCGAUCGAGCGCGGCGAGGAGGACGUCAAGGCCAUAAUCGAGCGGGCCCUGGAGCGUGUACUGGCCAACGAGCCCGGGCCCCAGCUCUAUCUUCGCCACUACGAGGAGUACGAGUACCUGCUGGAUGGCUCGGCCCGAGCCGACCUCGAGGCCUUUCUCGUGAGCCAGCCGAGCCCCACGAUGCGCGAGUACGGCCAGAAGAUCGAGGCCUACGACGCCCUUCGCCAGCGGGUCUUUGUGCUCCGCGACAAGAUACCCUUGAACAUGAUCGAGCUGGACUGCAGCGGUCUGAACGAGCAGCUGCGCAGGGAGCUGCACGAUCUGCGAUCGAGGGUCUGCGGCUUCUUCCUGGAUCAGGUCCGCCAAAACAACAGGGAGCUCUGUGCCAGCUUCGACGAGAUAGCCGAGCGCAUAUCCGGAAUGCCGGAGAUGACGCGCGACGUGGUCGAGCUGUACAAUUACCUGCUGGAGAGCCGCGACUCGACCAUGUUCAUCCUGCGGGGCAAGCUGUCGCGCACGAUCGAGCUGACGCUGUUUCUGGCCGAGCACCGGGCCGAUCUGCUGGCCGAGGACAUCCAGCUGAACACGCGCAGUCUCACCUGGCCCCGCGAGAUGGAGGCCAUAAUGGAGCUCGCCUCGACUCGGCUCAACUCGCGCAAGGACUUUGUCGAGGGCGUGCUCAAGCAGCGCCGCUUGGCCUUCGACGACAAGAUCCUCGCGAUGCAGGCCAAGAUCGAGCAGUUCAAGAAGCGCGACCCGCCCGUCGUCACCAUGGACGAGAUGUUGGACGCCGUGGCUGCCGUCGAGCUCAUCGCCAAAGAGAUGCGCGAGAUGGAGCGAGAGGCCGAGGACAUCAAUACGGAGGAGUCGCUGCUGGACCUGGAGGUGAGCCCGUACCUCGGUCUGCCGGCCAUGUCCGCCACGGUCAACACGUUCGACCAGCUGUGGCACACGGUGCUGCAGUUCCACCUGAGCUACGAGCAGUGGAUGUUCGGGCCGCUGGGCGAGCUCGACGCCGAGGCGGUGCGCGAGCAGAGCGACGCCACCUGGAAGGCCCUGUACAAGCUGUCGCGCUCGCUGACCGACAUGCCGCAGGCGCGCCGCAUCGCCGAGAUGGCCCGGGCCAAGGUGGACAAGUUCCGCCAGUACCUGGCGCUGCUCUCGGCCCUGAGCAACUCGGGCCUGCAGGCGCGCCACUGGCAGCGCAUCGGCGAGCUGGCCAGCCGGGACGUGAGCGCCGGCCGGGCCGCCAGCCUCGCCGACAUGCUCGAGGCCGGCCUGCUGCAGCACGUGGAGCGCCUCGAGGACGUGAGCGCCGCCGCCUCCAAGGAGUACAGCCUCGAGCAGAGCCUGCGCCACAUGCAGCAAGAGUGGCAGGAGGUGAGGUUCGAGCUGCUGGCCUACCGCGAGUCCGGGGUCAGCGUGCUGGCCGGCUGCGACGACAUCCAGCUGCUGCUCGACGAGCACAUACUCAAGGCCCAGACGAUGCGCGGCUCGCCCUUCGUCAAGGCCUUCGAGGCCGACAUGCAGAGCUGGGAGGACAAGCUCAUCUCGAUGCAGGACAUCGUCGACCAGUGGCUCUCCUGCCAGGCCACCUGGAUGUACCUCGAGCCGAUCUUCGGCAGCGAGGACAUAAUGCGCCAGAUGCCCAACGAGGCCAAGAACUUCCGCAAGGUCGACCGGAUCUGGCGCGACACCAUGGACUUCGUGGCGAAGGAGCCGCGCGUCCUGCCGGCCACCGACUUGCCCAACAUGCUGGCCGACUUUCGCCAGUGCAACGCCCUCCUCGAGCUCAUACAGAAGGGCCUCAACGACUACCUGGAGAAGAAGCGCCUCUUCUUCCCGCGCUUCUUCUUCCUGUCGAACGACGAGCUGCUGGAGAUCCUGUCGGAGACCAAGGACCCGCAGCGCGUCCAGCCCCACCUGAAAAAGUGCUUCGAGGGCAUCAAGAGUCUGCGCUUCUUCAAGGAGGACGAGAUCGUCGGCAUGCUCUCCGAGGAGGACGAGUACGUCCCCUUCAGCGGCAAGAUCUACCCGGCCGACGCCAAGGGCAUGGUCGAGCGCUGGCUGUCGCAGGUCGAGGAGCUCAUGAAGACGUCGCUGCGCGACAUCGCCCAGGACGCCGUGAUAGCGUACUUCAGCGCGGUGCGCGAGGACUGGCUUUUAGUGUGGCCGGGCCAGCUGGUGCUCUGCGCCAGCCAGGUGCACUGGACCAGCGAGGUAUGCGAGUCCUUCGAGGAGGCCUCGACCAAGGCCUACCUGGCCAAGUGCGCCCGGCAGAUCGACAAGACCGUGGCCCUGGUCAAGGGCAAGCUCGAGCCCGGGGCGCGCAUCACCCUCAACGCGCUCAUCGUCAUCGACGUGCACGCCCGCGACGUCGUCAAGAUGCUCGUCGACAAGGCCGUGGCCCGGGUCACCGACUUCGACUGGAUCGCCCAGCUGCGCUACUACUGGCUCGAGGGCAGCGUCACCGUCUCCAUGAUCACGACCGACGUCGAGUACGGCUUCGAGUACCUCGGCAACAGUCCGCGCCUCGUCAUUACCCCGCUGACCGACCGGUGCUACCGCACCCUCAUGGGCGCGCUCAAGCUCAAUCUGGGCGGCGCCCCCGAGGGGCCCGCCGGCACCGGCAAGACCGAGACUUCCAAGGAUCUGGCCAAGGCCCUCGCCAAGCAGUGCGUCGUUUUCAACUGCUCCGAGGGCCUCGACUUUGCCGCCAUGGGCAAGUUCUUCAAGGGCGUCGCUCAAGCCGGUGCCUGGGCCUGCUUCGACGAGUUCAAUCGUAUCGAGCUCGAGGUGCUCUCCGUCAUAGCCCAGCAAAUUCUCUCGAUUCAGAUGGCCGUUGGACUGAAACUGGAAAAAUUCAUGUUCGAAGGCACCGAGCUCAAGCUCAAUCCAACUUGCAACGUCAUCAUUACCAUGAAUCCCGGCUAUGCCGGUCGCCAAGAGCUACCGGACAAUCUCAAAGCUCUGUUCCGGACCUGCGCCAUGAUGGUGCCGGACUACGGCAUGAUCGGCGAAAUCACUCUCUACUCUUACGGCUUCGUCGAUGCUCGGCCCCUCGCCGAAAAGAUCGUUCACACUUACAAACUCUGCUCGGAGCAACUCAGCUCCCAGAGCCACUACGAUUACGGCAUGAGGGCUGUCAAGACCGUGCUCGUGGCCGCUGGCAAUCUCAAGCUCAAGUAUCCGACCGACAACGAGUCGACCCUUGUACUCAGGGCCAUCGUCGACGUGAAUUUACCCAAGUUCUUGGCUCAGGAUCUUCCGCUGUUCGAAGGGAUCUACACGGACUUGUUCCCAGGCACAGAUUUACCCAGUCCUGAUCGGGACGAGCUUUUAAAACUGGUCAAGGUUCAGCUGGUUAAUCGCAAUCUACAGGCGACGCCCUGGUACGUCGGCAAGAUAAUGCAAAUUUACGAGAUGAUACUCGUGAGGCACGGCUUGAUGGUGGUCGGCGAGCCGCUCUCCGGCAAAACCAAAGCCUAUCAAGCCUUGGCCGACGCCCUGACCGAGCUGUCGAGCACCAGAGGGGCCACCAUCAAGGAAAUGAGAGUCGCCUUUCGUAUCAUCAACCCCAAAGCCAUGACCCUCGGCCAGCUUUACGGAAGCUUCGAUCCGGUCUCGCACGAAUGGAACGACGGCGUACUGGCCAACACGUUCCGGGAGUUUGCCCAGUCGACGUCCUUCGAGCGCAAGUGGAUCGUCUUCGACGGGCCCGUCGACGCCGUCUGGAUCGAAAACAUGAACACCGUUCUCGACGAUAACAAAAAGCUCUGCCUCAUGUCCGGCGAAAUCAUUCAGAUGAGCUCCAAGAUGAACAUGAUGUUCGAGCCGGCCGAUCUGGAGCACGCCUCGCCCGCCACCGUCAGCAGAUGCGGCAUGAUCUACAUGGAACCGUCCCAGCUCGGCUGGACGGCCUUUUUCGAAUCUUACAAGAACGAGCUGCGCCAGAAGCUGCUCGCCGAGCAGUUGGAACUCGUCAACGAUCUGGUGUUUUGGCUGCUGCCACCCACCUUGGCCUUCAUCAAGAAGCACUGCCGUACUUUCAUCGAUAUGAGCGAGUCCCACAUGUUCGUGUCCUUCAAAAACUUAUUCAGCCUGCUCAUGGCGAACGAAUCUCAAGUUAGCACACUGUGGCUGCAGUGCACUCUACUCUUUAGCUUGAUCUGGGGCUUUUGCUCGACUUUGGUCGCCGACAGUAAAAAGCUCAUGGACGGCUUUUUGAGGCAAUUGUUAUUGGGCAACAACGAGGACCACCCAAGACCGAAAAUUUUCAAAUUAACCAAGCAACAGCUAAUACCGGAUAGAGGCUCCAUUUUUGAUUGGGUUUACGAUAAGAAAAACAACGGCACUUGGAUAUCUUGGAUGGAUACCAUGACUCAGGCACCUCUGCCGGCUGCUACGAAAAUCAGUGAUCUAAUCAUCCAAACAAACGAGUCCUCCCUUCAAAAUUACUUUCUCUCCAUGUUUUUGGAAAACAAUAUUCCUUUGUUGUUUGUGGGUCCCACGGGCACGGGAAAAUCCACCGUUAUACUCAACUACAUGAUGGGUUUGGCUAAAAAUAAAUACAUUCAAAACGUCUUGAACUUUAGUGCUCGAACAAGCGCUGCACAGGCCCAAGAAAUCAUUAUGUCAAAAUUGGAUCGACGGAGGAAAGGAGUUUAUGGACCAGCAAUGGGUAAAAAGUGUGCGCUAUUUGUGGACGACAUGAGCAUGCCUCAGUUGGAAACGUACGGAGCACAACCGCCGGUCGAGCUACUCAGGCAAUGGAUCGAUCACGGACAUUGGUUCGAUCCAAAAGACACGAGCAUUUUGCAGGUCGUCGACGUGUCGUUUAUCGCGUCAAUGCUGCCGCCCGGAGGCGCCUCGAACAAGAUUACCUCGAGAUUUUUGCGACAUUUGCAAGUCGUAGGGAUCAAUUCCUUCGACGACACAACCAUGUCGAGGAUAUUUGGAUCGAUUCUCGAAUGGCACUUUGCUCGUGGUUUCGACAGUACCAUCGCAAGCAUGGGAAAAAUGAUCCUAGCCGGAACGAUGGACGUGUACCGAAAAGCCAUCGACAACUUCUUGCCGAUACCGAGCAAAAGUCACUACACCUUCAACUUGCGCGACUUCAGUCGAGUGAUCAACGGGAUUUUGUUGGUUCCGGCCACGCGCAUGAAAGAUGGCGACAAGCUCAUCAGAUUGUGGAUCCACGAGGUCUACCGAGUUUUUCAAGAUCGGAUGAUCGACGCGGACGACAGAGAAAAUCUCUUUCAAAUGGUGAAGAAGGCCUGCUACGAGCAUCUGCGCCAACCCAUGUCCAAGGUACUGCAUCACUUGAUCGCCGAGGGAGAAGAGGGCGAGGUGGAGCGCCAUCACAUGAGCAGCCUUCUGUUCGGUAACUAUAUGGAGCCAGAUGCCGAUCCGAAGAUUUACGACGAGAUCUCCGACAUGAACGACCUUCAGGAGAAAAUGGAGUACUACCUGUCGGAGUACAACAGCCUGUCGAAGAGUCAAAUGUCGCUGGUGAUGUUCAAAUACGCGAUCGAGCACGUGUCUCGGGUGUCUCGGAUCCUCCAGCAGGACAACGGUCACGCGAUGCUCUGCGGCGUGGGCGGAUCGGGCCGAACGUCGUGCAGUCGCUUGGCCACGAGCAUGUGCGACUUUGCCCUGCAGAGCGUCGAGAUGACGCGCAAUUACGGGCCGAGCGAGUGGCGGGACGACCUGCGCAGCCUGCUGAAGCGAGCCGGCGGCGACGCCAGGUCCACGGUCUUCCUCAUGAACGACGGCCAGAUCAAGGACGAGUCCUUCCUCGAGGACCUGAACAUGCUGCUGAACACGGGCGACGUGCCGAACCUCUUCGGCUCGGAGGACCGGGCCGAGAUCCUGGAGAAGAUGGCCGGGGCGGCGCGCACGGGCAAAGGCGGCGCCACCGAGACCAGUCCGGUGGCCCUCUACGGCCUGUUCACGGAGCGGGUGCGCGCGAGCCUGCACAUCGUGCUGUGCAUGUCGCCGAUCGGCGACGCCUUCCGGACGCGGCUGCGCAUGUUCCCGUCGCUGGUGAACUGCUGCACGAUCGACUGGUACGACGCGUGGCCCGAGGAGGCGCUGGAGCGCGUGGCCAAGCGCUUCCUCCGAGCCCUGGAGAUCGACGAGGAGACGCGCUCGAGCUGCGUCGGCCUCUGCCAGCUGUUCCACCUGAGCGUCCAGCAGGCCAGCGAGCUCUACUGGCUGGAGCAGCAGCGGCGCAACUACGUGACGCCGACGAGCUACCUCGAGCUCAUACGCUGCCUGCAGAAGUUUCACGGCCAGAAGCUCGGCGACAUCCGCCACCAGCAGGCCCGCUACGAGCUCGGCCUGGAGAAGCUCGACUUCGCCGCGGGCCAGGUGGCCGUGAUGCAGGACGAGCUGACGGCGCUGCAGCCGCGCCUCGUCGCCCAGUCGCAGCUCAGCGACAAGCUCAUGAUCAAGAUCGAGCAGGACACGGUGAGCGUCGAGGCCAAGAAGGAGGUCGUGGCCGCGGACGAGGCCCUGGCCAACGAGGCGGCCGCCGCGGCCCAGGCCAUCAAGGACGACUGCGAGAGCGACCUGGCCGAGGCGACGCCGGCCCUCGAGGCCGCCCUGGCCGCCCUCGACACCCUCAAGCCGGCCGACAUCACCAUCGUCAAGUCCAUGAAGAAUCCGCCCUCGGGGGUGCGCCUCGUCAUGGAGUCGGUCUGCGUGCUCAAGGGCGUGAAGCCGGACCGCGUGCCGGACCCGCGCGGCGGCGGCCUCCUCGACGACUACUGGCCGCCCUCGGUGCGCAUGCUCGGCGACAUCAAGUUCCUCGAGAGCCUCAAGUACUUCGACAAGGACAACAUACCGCCGGCCAACAUGAAGCGCAUCCGGGCCAAGUUCAUGAACGACCGCAGCUUCCAGCCCGAGGUCAUCAAGAAGGUCUCGACGGCCUGCGAGGGCCUCUGCAAGUGGGUGCGCGCCAUGGAGGUCUACGAUCGCGUCAUCAAGGUCGUCGCGCCCAAGAAGGCCAUGCUGGCCGAGGCCGAGGCCGAGCUCGCCAGUCAGAUGGAGACGCUCAACGCCAAGCGGGCCCUUCUCCAAGAGGUCACCGACAAGCUCCAGCAGCUCAACGACGAGUUCGCCGAGUGCAUGCGCGAAAAGAAGAAGCUCGAGGACCAGAUCGAGCUCUGCAUUCAGAAGCUCGAGCGCGCCGAGAAGCUGCUCAGUGGCCUCGGCGGAGAAAAGACUCGCUGGAGCGAGACCGCGGCGGCCCUCGGCGCCAGCCUCGACAACGUCAUCGGCGACAUACUGCUGGCCUCGGGGGUCGUGGCCUACCUCGGCGCUUUCACCGUGCUCUAUCGCAACUCUCUCGUCGAGGACUGGCACAAGGCCUGUGCCCGAGUCCAACUGCCUUGCUCGCCACCCCCUUUUAGUCUCUACGAUACGCUGGGAGAUCCGGUGGCAGUACGCUCGUGGCUUAUUCACGGUCUUCCCGCUGACAAGUUUUCGGUGGAAAACGGCAUCAUCGUAAAGUGCGCCGAUCGCUGGCCCCUGAUGAUCGACCCACAAGGCCAAGCCAACAAAUGGGUGAAAAACAUGGAGAAGGAGUUCGGAUUGCGGAUAAUCAAGCUGUCGGACGCGAACUACGUGAAGGUGAUCGAGAGCGCUCUGCAGCUGGGCUUGCCUGUGCUGCUGGAGAACAUCCUCGAAGAGAUAGACGCGAUCCUGGAGCCGGUGCUGCUGAAGAGCGUGUUCAGUCAGCGCGGCGUGCUCUGCAUCAAGUUCGCCGAGAACGUGCUCGACUACAACAAAGACUUUCGGCUGUACGUGACGACGAGGCUGCGCAACCCGCACUACUUGCCGGAGCUCGCCGUCAAAGUCAGCCUGCUGAACUUCACGAUAACGCCUCAGGGCUUGGAGGACCAGCUGCUCGGCAUAGUCGUGGCCAAGGAGCUGCCCGUCUUCGAGGAGAAGAAGAACCAGCUGAUCGUCGAGAGCGCCAACAACAAGCGCAUCCUCAAGGAGAUCGAGGACAAGAUACUGGAGAUACUGUCGAGCUCGGAGGGCAACAUACUCGAGGACGAGACGGCCAUCAAGGUGCUGUCCUCGUCCAAGAUCCUGUCGGAGGACAUCAGGGCGAAGCAAGAGGUGGCCGCGGAGACGGCCCUCGACAUCGAUCGAGCUCGCAACGGCUACAAGCCGGUGUCGCGCCACGCCUCCGUGCUGUUCUUCUGCAUUUCCGAGCUGGACAACAUCGACCCCAUGUACCAGUACUCGCUGCCGUGGUUCAUGCGCCUCUUCACCGUGACCAUAGUGAGCAAGGCCCAAAAAGAGCAGCCAGCGACCUCGUCGGAUCUCGAGGCUCGCAUCGCCACUCUCAACGAGCUCUUCACCGCCACCAUCUAUCGCAACGUCUGUCGCUCGCUCUUCGAAAAAGACAAGCUCAUCUUUUCCCUCGUGCUCUGCGUCGGCAUUUUGAGAGGAAGCGAUUCUCUCAGAGAGGAUCUUUGGAGCUUUUUGCUGACGGGCGGAGUGGCGUUGGACAACCCGUAUCCGAACCCGGAUCCGAGCUGGCUGUCGGACAAGGCCUGGGCCGAAAUCACCCGUGCCAGCGGCCUCGUCGGUCUGGAAAAUCUCAUGGAGUCCUUCGUCGAGAGCAUCAACGAGUGGAAGAGCUUCUACGAUCUGCCGAAUCCGCAAGAUAGGCCGCUCCCCGAGCCCUUCGACGCGCACACCGAGGAGAGCUUGGAACGACUGGUGAUUUUGCGCUGCAUCAGGCCGGACAAGCUCGUACCGUCGAUACGCUCGUUCGUGGUGCAGCGAAUGGGCCAGACCUUCGUCGAGCCACCGCCGUUCGAGUUGCGCGACUCCUACAACGACUCCAACAACGUGACCCCGUUGAUUUUCGUGCUGUCGCCAGGCUCCGACCCGAUGGCGAGCUUGAUCAAGUUCGCCAACGACCUGGGAAUAGCGACCAAGAGCUUGAAGUCGAUAUCGCUGGGCCAGGGCCAAGGUCCGAUCGCCAGCGAAGCCAUCAAUCGCGCCAUCGAGACGGGCGAGUGGCUGGUCUUGCAGAACUGUCACCUGGCCGAGUCCUGGAUGCGGGAGCUCGAUCGAAUCUGCGACGAGGUCAUCACGCCGGCCAACACGCACUCGUCGUUUCGGCUCUGGCUGACCAGCUACCCCUCCAAGAUCUUCCCCGUCUCCAUUCUACAAAAUGCCGUGAAGAUGACGAACGAGGCGCCCAAAGGCCUGCGCAACAAUCUCAUGCGCAGUUACGCGAGCGAUCCCAUCUCCGAGACGAGUUUUUACAACGGCUGCUCGAAGCUCAUGGAGUGGCGCAAGCUGCUGUUCGCGCUCUGCCUCUUCCACGGGGUGGUGCAAGAGCGGCGCAACUUCGGCCCGCUCGGCUGGAACAUACCCUACGAGUUCAACGAGUCGGAUCUGCGCAUCAGCCUGAUGCAGCUGCAGAUGUUCCUGAACGAGUACGAGCAGGUGCCGUACGACGCGCUGCUCUACUUGAUCGGCGAGUGCAACUACGGCGGCCGAGUGACCGACGACAAGGACAGGCGCCUGCUCAACUCGCUGCUGCUGCGCUACGUGAAUCCCGGGGUGGUCGAGCGCCACGACUACUCGUUCUCGCCGAGCGGCGACUACCACUUGCCCGAGAACAACGACCAUCGGGGCUGCAUCGAGUACAUCAAGAGCCUGCCCGUCAGCCAGAGGCCCGAGGUGUUCGGCCUGCACGACAACGCCGACAUCACCAAGGACAACCGCGAGUCCAUGCAGCUGCUGUCCGGCGUCUCGCUCACGCAGUUCCGACUCGCUGGCAAAGCAGAGGGCGAAAAGAGCACGGAAAGUCUGGUGCUGGAGCUGGCGGCCGACAUACUGGAUAAGCUACCCGAGCAGUUCGACACGGCCUACGUCGAGGCCAAGUACCCGGUGCUCUACGAGAACAGCAUGAACACGGUGCUGCGCCAGGAGGUCAUCCGCUUCAAUCAGCUCACCGAGGUCAUCAAGAGCAGCCUCGUCAACGUGCGCAAGGCCAUCAAGGGCUACAUAAUCAUGUCUGAGAGCCUCGAGGAAAUUUACGCCAGCAUGUGCAUCGGCAAAGUGCCCCAGGCUUGGCUCAAAAAGUCCUACCCCUCGCUCAAGCCCAUGAACAGCUACAUCAACGAUCUGCUGCAGAGGAUAGCUUUUCUUCAGGACUGGAUCGACCACGACGUGCCCAUGGUCUUCUGGAUGUCGGGCUUUUACUUCACCCAGUCUUUUCUCACCGGGCUUUUGCAGAAUUACGCCCGCAAACACGCCAUACCGAUCGAUCAUUUGGAUUUCGAGUUCGAGGUGUCGAGGUUCGACAAGCCCAGCGACGUCGAGCAGCUUCCCGAGCACGGCGUCUACGUGGCGGGCUUGUUUCUCCAGGCUGCCCGCUGGGAUCGCCAAGCCAUGCUGCUGGCCGAGUCCUGGCCCAAAAUCAUGUUCGACGUCGUGCCGGUCAUAUGGUUGAAGGUCGCCCGCAAAGUCGACAUCGUCCACGGCCAAGUCUAUCACUCGCCGCUCUACAAGACGAGCGAGAGGCGCGGCGUUCUGGCUACCACGGGCCACUCUUCCAACUUCGUCAUGAUGAUACUGUUUGCGACCGACCGAGAUCAGUCGCAUUGGAUCGAUCGAGGUGUUGCAUGCCUCUGUCAAUUGGACGAUUAA